CGCUCUUCGUUAGUGAAUGGCAGCAGAUGGUGUGAUUGACAGGGUGCCCUCUUGGAGUUCCCGCCUCCUCCCGGCAGAGCUUAGCCAGGAGCGCUGUCCACAUGAAGAGAGGUACUGAACGCGGCUGCAGACACUGAAUCGCUGAGCAGCAGCAGCCAUAGCCGCGGGGCACAACCAGUCAGAGGAGCAACUGGGAGAAGAACAAUAGCACUGACCGUGGACACCUUCAGCAGCUCCGUUUAGAUCAGAGGAACCGACCACUGACUCCUUAACUGCAGCCCUACAAAGCAAACUAUCCCCUCCUGGUAUCAAGGCGUUUAUCUUGCUCUGGAGAAAACUUCCCAAAACACCGGGGACAUCAGAAGCUCUUCCCUCUCACGUGUCCACUGCUUUAUCUUUUCCCAUACACUGGACUGUGUCCCAACAGAAAGCAAUAUCACUUUAUCGCUAAUUCUCUUCUCUCUCCCCGGCUCUGAACUUUUGCCUAUACAGUCAUCUUUCCUGGAAUAUACACAUAUAAUAUAUCUAUAGUUAAAUAUACAAGCUGCGGGACAAUCAAUAUUUCCGUUGGAAUAUUCAGUCUUCUCCUGGGCAGUAAAACUCCACGUGUAGGCUCCUAUAUAACAGUAAAACUGCUGAAACUCUUGCUUUUUUUGUUCUUAUAUUUUAUGGAUCAUCUGGGACCAUCAGUUUCUACGCCAUGAUUCAGCGCGUCCUGGGUGUCCCUUAUCCAAAAAAUAUUGUUCGUGGAUUAUAUAAUUUUUUGGAAAAAAUCAGAGCCUGAAAAAUAAUAUUUAUCCCAGUGUGUCUAGCCAUCCAGCUUUCUCUCUCUCUCCCUAUAUAUAGGGACACUGAAUUUAAAUGAAAUGACUGUAGGAGUUGGGUUUGCGCGAUUGUCGCUAGUAGGAUGCGCUGGCAGCCGCUGAUCUCCAGUACCCUUUCCUAAGCCACUGUCCAAAACAGCAAGCAACUCCCCCAACCCAGGGUACUGGUCUGGAGCACGUGUUCUGCAGUCGCAGCAUUUUGGGCUGAGCAAGGAGCAGCACUAGGAAUCUGGAUUCCCUGCCCCUUGGGACUGGAUGUGGGUACUGUCGGGUGCAAAGGAUCCCUUAAUCCAUCUCAUGUAAAGCCUAGAAGCGCGCCAGUGCAAUAGGGAGAUUGUCUCAGUGCGACACGGGCUUCCAGCUGGGAAUCGCUGCGAUGGAAAUACACUGUAAGCACGACCCGUUUGCAGCAAUGCAUAGACACGGAGGAGUGAAUCAGCUAGGUGGGGUUUUUGUAAAUGGGCGGCCCCUUCCUGAUGUAGUCCGGCAGAGAAUUGUGGAACUGGCCCAUCAAGGAGUAAGGCCGUGUGAUAUCUCUCGGCAACUACGGGUUAGUCACGGAUGUGUCAGCAAAAUUCUUGGCAGGUACUAUGAAACUGGAAGUAUAAAGCCUGGUGUGAUUGGAGGAUCAAAGCCAAAGGUUGCAACACCCAAAGUUGUAGACAAAAUUGCUGACUACAAGCGUCAAAAUCCCACCAUGUUUGCAUGGGAGAUUAGGGACAGAUUAUUAGCAGAAGGGGUGUGUGACAAUGAGACUGUUCCCAGCGUCAGCUCCAUAAACAGAAUCAUCCGAACUAAGGUUCAACAGCCAACAAAUCAGCAAGUCCCUCCAUCCAAUCACAGCAUAGUGUCCACUGGACCAGUGACUCAGGUCUCUUCAGUAAACACUGAUUCAGCCGGAUCAUCUUAUUCUAUCAGUGGAAUUCUGGGUAUUACAUCAUCAAAUGUAGAGACUAACAAGCGCAAAAGAGAUGAAGGAAUUCAAGAAUCUCCUUUACCAAAUGGUCAUUCACUUCCAGGAAGAGAUUUCCUAAGAAAACAGAUGAGAGGGGACGUCUUUACUCAGCAACAGUUGGAAGUAUUAGAUCGAGUGUUUGAAAGACAACAUUACACUGAUAUCUUUACUACUACUGAGCCUAUCAAGCCUGAGCAGCAGGUUCGUUGGCUACCACGUUUGGAUCAGGUUGAGUUUUCGGGCGGCUCGGCAGCUCAGUGGCGCGAUUUUCGACUUGCUCUUCAUCAUGAGCCCCACAGCCGAACCUCGACAGAAUACUCAGCCAUGGCAUCGCUAACAGGGGGUUUGGAUGAAAUGAAAUCUAGUCUAACAAGUCCAUCUUCCGCGGACAUAGGUGGAACUGUUCCCGGACCUCAGUCGUAUCCUCUUGUAACAGGUCGGGAUUUGGCGAGCACCACUCUCCCUGGGUAUCCUCCACAUGUCCCCCCUGCUGGACAGGGCAGCUAUUCUGCUCCGACACUGACAGGAAUGGUGCCUGGAAGUGAUUUCUCUGGAAGCCCAUAUAGCCAUCCACAGUAUUCAUCAUACAAUGACUCCUGGAGAUUCCCUAAUCCUGGCUUGUUAGGCUCUCCAUAUUAUUACAGUACAGCAAGGGGAGGAGCCCCACCUGCCACAGCAGCUGCCUAUGAUCGCCACUGACAGAAUCCAAUGACCCAAGCACUUACCAUAACUUGUUGAAAUUGUACUAAAGACUUCACUUUCUCCAGUGUGUCAAAAAGAAAAAAAGAGAUUUACUCUUACAGAUCCACAGGAUAUUUAUCUUCAGCUAUCACGUCAGAGCUCAACCAAGAUCCAUUUUCCUAAGGGCAUUUUGUACCCUGACUUUCCAAAAUGCUCAUUAUCUAUCUACCUUAUAUGUGUAGCAUCUUGAUUAACUGAAAGAAUCUUGAUCUAUGCUCUACAUGGACAUACUAAAAUGAAUAACCUGCAUUGUCGAAAUUCAGUUCCUUGGUCAAGAAAUCAAAUAUAAAAGUGUAAUGUAAAUAAUGUGCUUCUUUGUGUAACUUACUGUAUAAGAGUGGCUUUGCAUAAACAGCAACAUGGUACAGAUUUGUAACUUAAAAUGCUUAAAGCAAUUUUUAUUUUUAUUUUAUCUUUUAUAUAAUGCUGCACUGAUUCAAGGGAUUCAGUAAGCUUUAACCAACAUAAAACCAGGUUAACAUCUGCGGCUAAAUUUGGGGCUGAUAUCAUUACUGAUUAAAAAAAAAAAACUCACCUAAAUGAUUUCCAAACUAUCUAGUUUUAAAAUAAGAAGUUUUCCAUAUAGAUUAGUUGUUGGUUUCACUGCGUAAUAUAUAUUUUAUUCCUUACUAAUAUGUUGAUGCAUAAUGUUUAUAAUUAUGUUUUCCCCUACAAAUCAUUGAGUAAAAAUCAUGUUUACAACAUCAAAUCAAAAUAUAAAUAUAUGUGAAAAAAUAAUUUUGUAAAAAAAAGAGGUUUUGCUAGUUUCUCUUUACAAAGGAGGUUUGGGAAUCUAUAAGAAUAGUGUCAAUUAAGACGAUCAUUAUUUUAUGCUUUAGAACAUCUCUAAAUCAAGUUAACUUAUAGCAUGCAAGAAAAGUGGUGAAUGAUAUAUAGUUUUCUUGGUCAAUAAAUACUGCCAAUUUGUUUGUCCUCAAUCUUUAUGUGUAUACCUGCCCACAAUAUGUUGUUAUGGUUGUUAAAAAAUUCUUUAUAAAGCAUUUCUCAGCAAUGUAGUUUUUACAUUUUUAAAUCAUAAUACAUAAUAAUUUGGAGCAGAAUGGUGUAAGUGAACAUUACAAUUCCAAUACUUUAGAACUAUAUUUUUAUGAUGCGCUGAUAUCCUGCCUCUACUACCUGUAAGCCUCCAUUUGGAUUGAAUCUAAGAUAAACUGACCAUCCAGUUAAUCCAGAGUGCAAAGGCAAAUUCCCACAUGAGCAUCUACUGUAUCUGUACCCUCUGAAACCAAGUUCAUUUAAGAAUUUCAAAAUCCUCAAACUUAUAAAAUUAUAUUUAAGGAAGCAAAACAAUCCCUGGCUAGAAUUGGCAACUAAAAUUGCAGCUUACUGUGGUGGGAGUGGGGAAUGUAGCUAUGAAUUAUUCCAAGAUUUGGUUCUCACGAACAGGGAAAAGUAAGGGUUAUAAGUCAAAGAUAAAAUAAUACAUUUUGAGGGUCAUGUUUUAGUCAACUUUUAGGGAGCAGGAAUCCUACCCAUGCCUGUUCUGUAUAAUACAAUGAUGACACAAAAUGAUGGGCAUUUUCAAUUACAGCAAUCAUGUGAAGCCUUUGCUAUAUAAACUAAUAAAAUUAAGAAAUGCAGAUUAGCAGAAUGUAUUCAGAACAUAUAUAAAUUCAGAUCCCAGUGAUGGGUUUCUUCAAUGUAAUGGUGUUUAUUGUAAAAAUCAAAAACCUUGCUUCCAUUGUGAUACAAUCUGUUUGUUCAGUCCAGUUUGCCAACCUUGUGGGGAUAUAUAUUCUUAAUGAAUUGUGUCUGGCACCAUGGGAAAAUCGGGAAUUGAAUUGAGCUUUUCUCAUCAAAUUGAAUCUGGGACAAUAUGCGAUAGGUCAAUAACCAUGCAUGUACAUGUAAGUAUCCAGUGUUUUUAAAAUAUUUAUUUUGGUUUUCUGUAUAAAACUGAAGUAUCCUUUACAGAAAAAUAAAUUGAAGAUAAAUUCUAGAUGUAUUAUGCUUUGGAACAUAUUUACUAGGCUUCUAAAUACAGCCUGGUAAAAUAAGAUUUUGUUGAUGGUUUACAUCCUAGAAACAUUAAGUUUAUUUACUAACAAUAGCACUAAUUGUCUUACACACAUUGUUAUCCUAUUAGAUGAUUUUCCUUGGAAAGCAAAAUCUAUUUUCACAUGUGAUGGCAAAAUAAGGCAAUACUCAAGAGUGAUUUAUGAGUAAAACUCAGUGAUAGAUCAUGACAGUCUUAAGUGUUUACAGAGUGUCACAGAAUAUAAAAUGAUGUGGCACUAGUGUAUGUGUUCCAGUUCUAUACUUAUUUAUCCACACAAGCAAUAAACCAAUCAAAUUAAUUAAAUGCAUUACAUUCAGAAAAAAAUAUUACAAUUGAUCAUAUAAGAAAGCAUGCCCAUACUUUAAUUCGAUCAAUAUCUUUGCCCAUAGUCUUCUAUGGGAUUCAAAAUCUGACCACUUAGUAUUCCACUUAGUAGGGUCUAUAAGGAGUCUCCGAAUCUGUCAAAAACAAAAUCCUGACCAGAUCAAAUAACUUAGAUAUCCUAUGUGAAAACCAGUUUGAUAUUUGCUAAAUCUACCUCUGAGUGGUGGUUUCUUCUAUUAUCAUGUUUUCUAGUCUGGUCUUUAAAACAAUAAGUCCUCAUGGCAAAAAUAGGAAGCAAAUACCUUAAUCUUGUUUAUGCUACAUAGUCACCUAGCAGUAUGACAUAAUAUCUCGGUAUAUGUCAGAUGUUUCAGACUAAAAUUCAUAACAAAUAUAUAUUUGGGAAAAACAGUUGUGUGACUUGUAUGGAGAGAAUUCUUUCAGAACUUUAAAACAACUUUAGGGGGCCUAUUUAUUAAACUUCAAAUGUAUCUGGUUUAGCUAAAACCAGUUGAAUCAUGUAAAAGUCAAUGGCAGAUGUCCCUUUAACAAUCUGUAGAUGUUUCUUGCAUUCAUGAUCUUUGAGGGUUUUGGGCUGGUUUUCUUUCGACAAUCCAAAAAAGCUGAAUUUUUGGAAGAUAACUUGAAAAAGUCACACAACAUUUUCCUGCACCAACUUUUUUGAUCAGAUUUAUUUGUAAAUUAAGGGGAUUCGGGUUUGGGAGUUUGGUCAAAUUUUUUUUAGAAAAGUGACUACCCCCCCAUGUGUGUAACGUAUAUGACAUUUCAGGCAUGGUUAGGAAGAGCCAUUUCUGAAGUCAUGCUUAAACGAAAGAAGUUGUGGACUGCUAAUUCUAUUUUUGAACAGUGCAACAUCUAACUGGUUUCCCUUUGCCUAUACAAUCUCUAAGGUGUUUGGUUUUAAAUAUUAUGAUAUCCCAAUAACAGUUUUAAAUUUUCUAUAUGGUCAAUUUGUAAUGACAUGAGAUAAAUGUGAUGGUAUAUGGUUAAAUGCAUAUUAAUGUGCUAUAAAUACAGGAACCUGUUAAAAGCAAAAGUUACAUUAGCCACUUGUAUUGAUAAGAGUAUACAUCAUGUAGAUCUUAAGAUGAGAAUCUAAGGGGAAAAUAGAAUGAAGAGCACAGUUAAUUCUAAUGGUCAGUAUUUAAGUGCAAUCUUUAUAUUUAAAUGAUGAUGAAAAGCUGUUUGGAAGAAGUUUGUAAUAUCUGAAAAAAAUGGUUUAUGAUUGCCUUCAGUCCACCAUCCUCAAAUGAACUUGUCAUCUUUCAGAUACAUUUACAGCAGCACAGGUUGCUCAACCAACAUCGGGGGGGGGGUUGUCUAACUAAAGAAACCUCUCUUUUACUGUUCCACAGGUACUGAUGUGGCUAUCCAGAAACAUAAACCAUUGGAUAAUUCAACAUUGAUGUUCAAUCCACUUACCUAAUGAGACCUAACCAGGCAAUGGUACUAUACUAACGCAAAGUAAGGUGCAGAUUUAUCCAAAAAUCCAAAGAAAAAUUCAAUCAUCUAUUCAUUCCUAUAUGAUUUUUAGAAGCAAAUUUAUUAAAUAUCUCUAUCUUUCACCCUUUGCCAAAUUCACUUCUAAACAUCCCAUAUGAAUGAAUAGAAAGUGGGUGAAUGUUUCUGUGGUAAACUCUAAUAAAUCUGCCCUUAGCAUUGCUCAAAAUUGGGCUUUGUCUGUUGGUUUUCUAAUAUUUAUUUUCAUUGAUUAUAAUUAUGUUUUAAGUGCUUGUCCCAUUCUAAUAUAUUUAUUUAAUCUAUUAUGAAAUAUUUUCGAAGAGUUCAAACAAUUAUCACUGAGGAUUCUUUUAAAAUGAUUAUAGUACAAUCACUGCCUAUAACAAACAAUUUUAAAACUGUCAUUGUAAACAGAAAUGUUGAAAUAUGUUCCUCUAAGUAUGUCAAUGAAAGUAUGAUCUAAAUCUGUUUUACUGAUUAACUAGCUCUGAUCAACUGUGUUUCCCUUGCUUUAAGUUUAAUAAAUAGAAUGUUUAAUGUAAAUUAGGGGAUUACUGGCAUCUGGUACAAAUGUAUCCUCCUAUCCUUUCGUAAUCACUCUCCAGAGUCCCUUGCUCCAUGCUAAUUGCUAAUUCAACAAAAUGAACAUACCCACUUACAAUUCUGCAGUUACAUUAUAUAUCCCAUGAUGGAGAGAUAUGCAUAACGUAUAUUUUAGAAUUUUGUUAUCAGGAAUUUCAAAACACAAUGCUUCUAUCAAAGCACCAAAAUACACAAAAAAUGUUGUGCAUUAUGCUUAGUACAGAAUAAUUCAUAUACAGGCAUAGGUAUUGAUAUCUCACUGUGCAGAUGUUUAGGGGUUUGCUCUUGCUGUGAAAAACGAUGCCAACUGUUUUGAAUAUGUCACAUCUCCAUUAACAUAAUACCAUAUACCCUUGGUUACUUGACUCUCCUCCCUGCUGUACUCUCUUAAAGGAAUUUUGACACUACUAAUGGGCUAAUACAGUUUUUAAAAAAUGUUGUGACCAUAAUAAUGAUACAGCUGACACCUUGGUAGAAACUAGGGUAAAACAAACAACAGGAUAGCUGGAUAUUGGUCCCUUUGUAUUAAAUUAAUAAAAAAAUUGAAAAUAAUAUAAUAGCUUUUACAUGUUUUCCAACUUUAAAUGUAUAUGAUGUAUAGACUUUUACUGUAACAUUUGGGUGGUAACUGAUACAUUCAGAGGGCUAAAGUGCAAUAGUAGACUAAGCACUGCCGGCAAAAAAAAUAUGGUAGAGGUAUAUAUAUAUAUAUAUAUAUAUAUAUAUAUAUAUAUAUACACAUAUAUACACAUUAUUAAAUGACCAGCAAUGCAACACCUUAGUGUUAAAAAUAUUACAAUGUAAUUAGUUUCACCCACUGAUGGUUAUAUAUAAAAUAAAUACAGAAAUACUUAGAUAAAUGAUUAAAAUCAUCCUGAAACCACACAACUUUACGGUUACAUCAAUACUAGUAAACAAAUAAUUCAAGAUGUCCUAACCAAUUAAUUUAAUAUAAAACAAGUUGCUAUAGGAAAAUGAUCUGUAUAGCAUUAGAAACAUUCUAAAUCCACUGAAUUGAAAUAUUAUUUACACUUUCCAAAGUGGUCUGCAUCAUUCUACAAUUUUCUUUGUUAAUUUAUUGGAAAGAACCAAAACUAUUAUCUAAUAGACCAAGAAACAUAGACAAGAUUAAAGGCUGUGAAAUAAUGUUGUUAUUUUUGAUUAUAGGAUUUUUUAAGGAGUCAUUAUAAAGCUAAGAAUGAGAAGUAUAUGUGUGCUGUUACAUGUUUAGUUUGUAGUUAUUUCUUCAUUCAUUAUUUUUAGUUUUGUCAAAGAUUAUUGGUCACAGUCACAAACUGCCCUUUAGAGACAUAUAAAAUUGGGACAUUCCAAAUUUUAGGAAAUAAACCACAAAAGCUCAAGUUAGAAGGAAAAAAAAGUUAGGUUGUUUACAGUAUUUAAACAUAAAACAUAAACUGGACAGUUUUAAUAGGUGUAACAAUAUAUUAUACUUUUAGCUGUCUGAAUGCAAUUAUUCUAUUUUUAUUGUAUUUCUGAAAAUUGUCAAAUUGGCAAGUUUUUUUUCUUAAAAUAUUUUAUUCAGCCUCAUAUUGAGAUUUAAUGAAGCCUGGUUUUCACAUACUAGUGGCCUUGUAUUAAAAAAAAAAUCAGCCUUUUUAAAAUCUUCUGUCCAAAAAGCAGAAUCUUAUUUAUCUUAGGAGGAGUGCUUUUAUAAAGGGUUAUCUAAUAAAAAGUACAUACAUGAACCAUGUCUGUGUAAUCUGUGAUGGCUGUGUAAGAUAAACAUACUUGUAAUAAAAAAAAAAAAAUGUGAAAAAGCCUUUGAAAAUUGAGAUUAAUUAGUCCCGACUCAAAUACAAGAAGCUUCUAAAGUUGUGUAUGUUUUGUACCUUUUUUUGUAGGAUAAUAUUCAACAAAUAUUGGUGUUUUCUUAGUGCUGUGUGUUGCUUUGUGUGUAAUAUUUGAAUGUAAUUACAGCAGUGCCAGUUUGCCAAAGAUGUUUUACAUUUAUAUUUUUUCCUUUAAUUGCGAUGGCCAGUAAGUACUUCUGUUCAUUUUUUAAUUUAAAUUUAUUUUUUGUAAUGUGUAAAUUUAUUCUAAGUUAAACGGUUGAUUGCAGAUCUUUUUUAGAUUAGCUGAAGAAACAUGCAAUAAGGGUGGCGUAGAUUCAAUAUCUGUAUGUCUUUCCAUUGGAGUGACUGUUAUCCGUGUAUAUUUGAACUUCUGUAAUCUUUAUGUGAGAUAAUUAUUUGUAAAUAUUUACAUAAUUUUAUUGGUUCGGAAAAUAAAAGUAAUUUUUUAAGUUCAAA